AUGGAGGGUAAUAAGAGGAGUGCUAAUAGGUGCAGCGAUGUGAGGGCGAUUAGGAGAAAUAAGGCCUCUAAAGCUUUUAGAAACGUAAAGCUAGAAAAUGACGAGCUAGAGCAAGUGAGAAGAAUUGUGGACAAGGGAAGUAGGCGAAGGCGAGUUUUAACUGGGGAAGUGAGACGAGGAGGAACAGAAAUAGAAGAAGAUCAAGAUGGAAGUAAGGAAGUAGAAGAAGCAGGAGAAAAAGAUGAGAGUGGAAGAAAUGAAGAAGAAGACACAUCAGAAGAAAAAGCAGAACUAGAAGAUGAACAAAAAGAAGAAGGUGGAGAAAAAGCAGCAGUAGAAGAAGAAGCAGAGGAAGAAGGAAAUGAAUACGAAGAAGAGAAAGAAGCAGAACAAGAAAAAGAUAAACAUAAAGAAGGUGAGGAAGAAGAAGGAGAAGAAGAGGCAGCAGAAGAAGAAGAAGUAGAACAAAACGAAUAUGGAGAAGAAGAUGAAGAAGAAACAGAAGAAGCAGCAAAAAAAAAGAAUAAGGAGACGGAGAAGAAACAGAGGAAGCAGCAACAGAAAAAGAAGCAAAACAAGAAAAAGAUGAAGAAGGGACAGAAGAAGGAGACGAAGAAGCAUAAAACGAGCAGCAAAAUAAGAAGCAGUACAAGCGAUGAAGAAGAAGAAACAGAAGAAAAAGAAAUGGGAGAUGAAGAUGAAGAAACAGAAGAAGCAACAACAGAAGAAGACGAAGCAGAACAAGAAUUAAAUGAAGAGGAACAAACAGAAGAAGGAAAAGAAGACGAAGCAGAAGAAGAAGCAACAAAAGAAGAGGCAGAACAAGAAUAA